UUCGUUUCUUUUUUUUGUUUGUUUGUUGCUCGUUGUUGUUACUGCUACGCAAUGAUGCUCUCUUGUGCUCGCGGUCGUGUCGGGGCGGUUGCGCAAGUCCUGACUGUCCUGUGCCUCCUGGUCGUCGUCGCCUGCUGCUCUGCCGCCGCCACUCAUGCCACCACGUCACCAUCCUCAUCCUCGUCUUUGUCGUCGUCGUCGUCAUCAUCGUCGGUGCAGGGUGACUGGCGCAACGCGGCAGCCGACGCAGAACAGCGCCUCGCUUCCUCAUGGCGGGCUGCGACCCAACACCGUAGCAAGCUCGACUCUGCAACGCAGCAGCAGCAUGAACAGCAGCAGCAGCAGCAGCAGGAGCACAACGCGGAUCAGCUCUCCUGCAGCGGUACCGCUCGCAUUGCAGAGACUAUUCCGUCCAACCUGACCCUCCACACCGACUUGUCCACCGGCGAUGCUUGGCUGCAGUUGAUCAAUAACGCAACGCAGACACUCGACCUCGCUGUCUUUUACAUGACACUGCUCAAUGGCACUGACAUUGGUCAGAAGGUCUUCAAUGCGCUCGUCGCUGCGUGCGAUCGCAAUGUUGCCAUAAACGUUGCGAUUUCCGCUCCGAACGCCCAGUUCCCCGACGAUGAUCUUGUCACGCUCCAACAACAAUGCGGCAGUCAAAUCUCUGUUGCGUACCUCAACAUGUCCACCUUCUUUGAUGGCGGCGUUUUGCACACAAAGUUCAUUAUCGCAGACGGGCAAGCGUUUUACAUUGGUAGCGCAAACAUGGAUUGGCGCUCGUUGAGCGAGGUCAAGGAGCUCGGAAUCGUUGUUGAUAAGUGCAAUCUGCUUGCUUCCGACCUCAAGAAAGUGUUUGACGUGUUUGUUUUGGCGUCGAAUCUCGAGCGUCUGCCCGCAUUCUGGCCGUCCCAACUCGACACGGACUUCAAUGCCUCCAACCCCGCUACGAUUGCUGUCAACCACGAGUCUGGUUCAGCGUUCAUUUCGUCCUCUCCCCAUGCAUUCUGCCCUGCUGGCCGCAGCUUUGAUCGAGACGCACUUGAAUUCGCCAUCCUGUCCGCUCAGACAAAUGUGUCGAUCGAAGUCAUGGACUAUCUGCCCAUUACCGUCUAUGAGGAGCCUCAAGUGUACUGGCCUGCGUUGGACACUGCCAUUCGCACCGUUGCAUUCAACAAAAAGGUUCAGGUGAACAUGUUGAUUGCAUACUGGGACAACUCGAUUGAAGGCAUGAUUCCGUUCUUGAAGUCUCUCAACGACCUGGACAAUGUCGAAGUUCGCCUCAUGGAAAUUCCGAAGAAUACCCCCUAUGUGCCCUUCACUCGCGUCAACCACGCCAAGUUUAUUGUGACGGACUCUUUGGUGGCCAUUUCGACCAGCAACUAUGUGGGCGAUUACUUUAUCAACACGGCGGGAAGCUCGCUUGUCACCGAUGCCAAGAGCCUUGUGUCAAGCGUGCAGAGCCGGUUUGAUCGUGACUGGGCCAGCCAGUACUCGGUGCCUCUGUCGUCCGUUUAAACUCUUUUGUUUGGCUGAAUCUGACAGCUCGAACUUUUGGCAAUUGUGCUAAAGCUAAUUCCGAUUGAAAUAACAUUUGAAACCCAACAAACAAAGC